AUGGCACUUGCCUCUCCCGAGGUCAAACUAUCAGAGUUACUGCGUUGUGAUCAAGACGGCUGCAACAAGUGGUGGAGGAGAUUGGACCUGAAAGUCUCCGGCAGUAACGAUUUCCGCAGGUGUCCACACUGUCGCGAAGCCAACAUUACACCUACCGAGUACUGGAUUGGCGGUCUGAGUGGACCCCGAGAACCUGCGUACCCUUAUCCAGGUCGAACACCGCAAAUGCAUCCGCCACCUCUCAGGACGCCCGGCGAUCGACCAAGCAGCACGAAAAGGCAGGUGCCUGGUGACUCAUCUUCGCCUUCUCCUACACAGAACAAGAAGCCAAGAAACAAUCAACAUCAGCAGCAGCGCAAAGACAGCCUCCAAAGCACUCCGGCAACUCCAACUGCGUCAAAGACAGAAGCCAGUCUCGAUACAGAGGUGUUGAACACGCUAGCAGCUUGGAAGGCUUGCAAAGGAUGCCCAGACGUUCACCUGCAGAAAGAGCUCAAAGAUGCCGAAGAAAAUCUGAGAAAGGUUCGCGAGAGUAUUCCAAAAAUUGAACGUAAAGUCAAGGAAACUCAGAAAGAGCUUGAUGCAGCCGGAGAAUUCUUGAAGAAGUGCGAAGUACUCGUCGGGGAUAUUGACAAAGCCAUAGGAAAGGCAGGCGGCUUGGACGUAGGCCAACACAAAGUCGUGAAGGAAGAUUGGUGCUUUCGUCCAAGGAAACAUGCUCAGCUGGCUUAUGAGGAGAACAACCGCUGCUCCAAGUCAUGGCAGAACGCUGUCCAAGACAGGGCCGAUGCAACAAGACUGGAGAACCAAGUCAAGAAGAGAAUCGAACGAAUCCAUGAGGAGAGAAAGCAGCUGAAGAAGUUUGGCGAGUAUGUUUCUGUGCUUCCAUCAAGCACUGGCGUCUGA